AUGGAGGUUCCUCAGACCCAGCUGGUGGAAUACCAGGGAGACAAUUAUCAUGUUGUCAAGGAAGGUUUGGCGAAGAUUCUCAAUCCGCCUGCCCAAGCGGCCGCUUCCAAGGGAACGAAGAAGGAUCUCAAAGACGACGAUCAAGCGCAGUCCGUCUUCUACAACCCAAUUCAACAAUUUAAUCGCGAUCUCAGUGUGCUAGCCAUUCGCGCUCACGGCGAACAUAUAAUUGACCUGAAGAAACAAAAAGCGGCCCAAAAGCUGAAGAAGCAGGCAGGCAAUGGGGAUAAGAAACGAAAGCGUGAAGAUAACCAGACCGAGAACCCAAGACCCGCCUCAAAAGCAGAAAACAAGGAAACCAUAGAGACAAACGACCAACCAGUCCCAGCUGCCUUAGUCCCCGCUCCCGCGGUUGAUCAAGGACCUCAGUCAGAAGCUCAACCAGAGCAACCCGCUUCUUUCACUGUUCUUGAUGCUCUGUCUGCAACUGGACUGCGCGCUCUUCGCUAUGCCUCGGAGCUUCCAUUUGUCACAAAGGUCGUGGCUAAUGACCUAUCAGAGUCAGCAAUCAAAUCCAUGAAGAAAAACAUUGAUUACAACAAUCUUCAAACGAUUAAACCCAAUCUGGCCGAUGCUCGAGUUUACAUGUAUGGGCUUGACCACGCGAGCAAGUUCGACGUCAUUGAUUUGGAUCCAUAUGGCACAGCAGCUCCAUUCCUGGAUGCUGCAGUGCAAGCAGCCAAAGAUGGUGGUCUUUUGUGUGUUACCUGCACUGAUGCCGGUGUCUGGGCCUCGACCGGCUAUUCGGAAAAAGCAUUCUCUCUGUACGGUGGUAUCCCCAUCAAGGGCCUCCACUCCCACGAAGGUGGUUUGCGAUUGAUCUUGAACUCUAUUGCUAUGUCCGCAGCUAAGUACGGAAUGGCCAUCGAGCCAUUGUUGUCUCUAUCUAUCGACUUUUACGCUCGUGUCUUUGUUCGGAUCCAUCGAUCACCCGCACAGGUCAAAUUCCUCUCGGGCAACACGAUGCUCGUAUACAAUUGCGACGUCGGCUGUGGCGCAUGGUCAACACAGCCCAUUGGGUCUACCAAAUCUAGAUUGGACCGCAAAGGAAACCCCAUAUACCACCACGGCCUGGCUAAAGGGCCCACAGCUGGACCUAACUGCGAGCAUUGCGGCACAAAAACACAUCUUGCAGGACCCAUGUGGGGCGGUCCGCUACACAAUCCCGACUUUAUCCAAAAGAUUUUGGACAUGCUUCCUGGAGCUGAUCCAGAAACAUAUCAGACCUGUCCUCGGAUUGAGGGAAUGUUGACCACUGCCCUUGAAGAGGACCUGGACUUAACACCAUCUGAUUCCCAACCAUCCACUCCAAAACAGCCUGCGCCAAGCACGAAGAACCAGCAUGACUCUGCAUACCCUGCCAUCAUUCCUCGAAUGGACGUUGCCGCUCGGGAAAAAUACCCUUUCUACUUCUCACUCAGCGCUCUCUCAAAGGUUAUCCACUCAACCACCAUUCCUAUCGACGAGUUCCGCGGUGCCCUCAGUCACCUCGGAUAUCGUUCCACUCGUAGCCACACCAAGCCGAACUCAGUCCGCACGGAUGCGCCCUGGGAGGUGAUUUGGGAGAUCAUGCGCGAGUGGGUCCGUCAGAGAGCACCUAUCAAGGAAGCCUCCCUGAAGCCUGGAACCCCCGGUGCUGCAAUUAUGGGCAAGAGCCGUGAAAACCUGCGUAAAUUGAACGAUGAAGACCAAUGGCUAUCGCUUCUCAAAAAAGAUCUGAUGUCUGCCGUCGAGGCCGGCAGAGAUGUCAGUGACUUGGUCACUAAGGUCGAAGCGGCUCUCUACCGGUCCGGAUCGCGAAACUCGUCCCAGCGUACUGCUGCUUCUGCGGAGACUCGUCCCAAUGCCGAUCCCCAGCCUGUACCCGAAAAGGAAAAGUCACCUGCACAGCCCUUCAAGCGGCCUCACCCUAGUACCCUUGAGGUGGUAUUUGAUGAGGCUCUAGGUCGUGAGGUGUCUGCUGCGCAUACCAAGAAACGACUCGUGCGGUAUCAGCUCAAUCCUCGUGCUAAUUGGGGUCCUCUCAACCGGGCAGGGCGUUAA